AGAUGGCGACGUCUAACGUUGACAACGGAUACGGCAAGGAUACAACUCCUCGUCCACCUGCCGAAGUCAACGAGGAGGGCUUCUCAUUCGACAACCAGAGCAUUAUGCUACCUGGUAGCGAGAGAAUAAGAGUCGCACAUGGGACUGAAAAUGGCACACAGUUGCUUGAAAGUGCGUUUGAUCUGCCGAAGAAGACAGUCACUGAGUUGUUCAGACGAGGAGUCGCUAAAAGUGGAGCCAAAAACUGUUUGGGAACCAUUUGCAAUGGAUCAGUGCGAUGGCUGUCUUACAAUGAUGUUCGCAAGCAGUCUAUGUCAGUUGCCAAAGCAUUGGGUAAGUUCGGUCUAUCUCGCGGCGACUGUGUCGUCAUUUUUGCCCUCAACCGAGCAGAAUGGGACAUCACGAAUCUCGGAUGCGUCUUCGGAAACCACGUGACGGUUCCAUUAUACGACUCUCUCGGCCAAGACGGCUUUAAGUUCGUCUUGAAUCAAUGCGAAGCAAAAAUCGCUUUCUGCGGCGACAAGUCAAAGGUCGAAACAAUUGUAGCAGCUAAGCAAUCAGGAGCUCCUAUUUCUCAUGUAAUUUUCUUUGAAGAGUUCGAUGAGAAAUCGCGAGGCGCGUUGAAAGAUGUAGAAGUUUCAUGCGAAUCUUUCGAAAAUUUCAUGGCCAAAGGAAACGAAAGUUUCGGACACCCAAAAAUUCACGAGUCGGAGGCGGAAGAAGACGACGUCGCGACUAUUAUCUACACUUCAGGAACGACCGGUAACCCGAAAGGAGUUGUGCUCACCCACAAAGGAUGGGUUGCAUCGAUAAGCGCCGGCUACUCGGUGGUAACAUACGGAAAAUAUGGCGCAGUUUUGAACUCAUCUUCGGUCAUGUUUUCGUAUUUGCCGUCGGCACAUUCCUUGAACUUAGCGGCAACGUAUAUAAUAUUCGCCGUGGGAGCUUCUGUCGUUUACUACAGUCGAGAUGUGAGUCGACUUAUGGAGGAUUUGAAGACGGCGAAACCGUCUGUGUUGCCAAUGGUACCGAGACUACUUAACAGAAUCCAUUCCAAGAUCCAAGAGGGAGCGAGUAAAAGUACUCUGAAAAGAAAGCUACUCCACAUGGCCAUAUCUGACAAGCUAAAGCGCAUCGAAGCUAGAUCCCAGACGCCAAACUACCUGUUCGAGCUAACUGUAAUGAGGAAAAUCCAGAGAAGCAUGGGCGGAAAUGUGAAAAUCAUAAUGACCGGGAGUGCGCCUAUCAGCAAAGAAGUCAUGGACUUCUCCCGGGCGGCCUUUGGAUGUCCCGUAAUUGAGGCGUACGGCCAGAGCGAAAGUUUCGCCGGGAUCACGGCAACUAUUCCCGGCGAUAUUCAAACAGGCCAUAUUGGACCACCGCUGAAAACUAUGAUGAUUAAGUUAGUUAAUGUAAAGGACAUGGGCUAUAAAAGCGCUUCGGACGAGGGUGAAAUUUGCUACAAGGGAACUAAUGUUAUGCGAGAGUACUACAAGAACCCUGAAGAGACCAAGGAAAUUGUUGACGAGGAAGGCUGGGUUCAUUCGGGCGACAUAGGGCGCUGGUUACCGAACGGCGUACUCAAAAUAGUCGACCGGAAGAAGAAUUUGUUCAAGCUCUCGCAAGGUGAAUACAUUUCUGCGGAAAAAGUGGAAAAUAUUUACAUCAUGAGCAACUUGGUUAACAAUGUUUUUGUUCAUGGCGACAGUUUGCAGGAUUUUUUGGUAGCAAUUGUCGACAUAGAUGAUGAAGCGGUCCAGAAAUUUCUGGCUAAUCAGAUUUCAAACGGGAAAGGCGAUAAUGCGGAAGAUUUUAGUCGGCAUAUGUUAAAUUGCGAGAGAAAUUCAGAACUGAAGAAUCAUAUUCUAACGGAUCUUCAGAAGUUCGCAAAAUCGAAAGGACUGAGCUCGUUGGAAACCGUGAAGAACAUACACUUCGCCGAAGUUCCCUUUACUGUCGAGAACAACAUGUUGACUCCUACUAUGAAGCUAAAGAGAUUCCAAAUUGCCAAAACUUUCGCAAACGAACUGAAAUGUUUGUAUAUAAAGAGCUCUACUUUUCUAUCUAAGCCAAAAUAAGUGUACAAUACACAAAAUUUUUGCAUAAAAUCCUAAAAUUUUUUAUCAAGUUCUGACAUUUAAAAUUUUUUAUCAAGUUCUGACAACUAAAAUUUUUCUUGUUUUGGCAUUUCAAUUUUCCGUACUAAAAACCUUUUCAGUUGAAUAAAAACUAAUUGUAAAAAUGUGCAUUAUUUUACUUUCAGUUUUGCUCCAUUUAUUUCACUUAAAUGAUCCCAUCACAUUAGUGGAUUUAGGUUGGACCCCCCCCCCGUAGAGAUCCGACCCCCUCACUGCCCAAAGGGUCUCCCCUUGCUACUUUUGUACUACAUCAUUUUAGCAGGCCGACUAAAGUGUUUCUUAAGGAGCCUUUGUGUCGAUUUAUAGUAAUUGUAAAGGGUAGCUCGCUAAAAAAGUUAGUCGAAAUCUUCCAAAAAAAGCCUAACAACGACGGUUUUUCUUGUUUUUAAGAACUUUGCCCGCAGCUUGGAAAAUUUGCUCAAAUAGAAUCCUAGUGUUCUGAGAGAGCUCGAAAAGUUAAUUUGGUCGACAUAAAAAAAAAUAUAUAUAUAUAUAUAUAUAUAUGUGUAUAUUGAAAAUCCGGUCAUUCUCGAGUAAACCUUCGAUCCGCGCAUGUCCAAUCAUUCCCCGCAGGUGCAAUUUGUCUCAUUUUUCCAUGCUGCAGUUUACUAGUUUCGCAAUUCAAAGUGCAAAUAAAUCAUAAUAGACUAAUAUAAUAAAUUAUAGUGCAUAAAUUCGUAUAAUUUAGCUCGUUUUUAUUUGCUGUCACAAAAGUGUUGAAAACUCAUUGUAUUUUUAUUUCAAAUUUAAAGUUAUCACCAUCAAA